CUCACUUUGACAUUUCAAUAAACACGAUUUUCUAUUAGACUUUCGUUUACCAUCCAUAAAGAAGUGGUAGAUAAUUGUUUAGAUUUAGACGAUAAUUUCAAUUGUUGUUCAAUAUUUGCUAAUAUAUUAGGGGGCAAAUCUAUAUAACUUUAAGACCUGUUCAUUGUGAAGUUAUAAAUAUAAUUUACCGAUUCUAUAAUGAAGGACGUUAUAGAUGUGAUGGAAUUGCAGAGAGGAAAGGAAAGAAAAGCUCCAGUUAUAGACUACCGUAAUUUAGAUUUCGAUAGAGGUUUUACUCCAGCAAGAUUCAUAUUCGAAUGUGGUAUAAAAUUACAUGCACAACCUUUAACACUUGCUACAGCAGCUGUAUUAAUGCAUAGGUUCUUCAAGUCAGUCGACCACACGAAUUAUGAUUGUUUUUUGAUUGCAGCAUCAUCUCUAUACUUAGCUGGGAAGGUAAAAGACGACCCACUUAAAAUCAGAGAUAUAAUAAAUGUAGCUCAUAACACACUGCAUAGAGGAAGUACUCCAUUAGAAAUUGGGGAAGAAUAUUGGAGCAUGAGGGAUGGCAUUGUUCAGACAGAGUUGUUGUUGAUGAGAGUUCUAAAAUUUGAAGUUUCAAUAGUUCACCCACAUAAAUACAUGUUACACUACCUCAAAUCGUUAGAAAGUUGGGUUGGAAAAGAAGCCUGGAACUCAUCACCUUUGGCGAGAACUUCAGCGGCUUUCUUACAAGAUUUCCAUCAUGAUCCCAGUAUUUUGGAGUACGAACCACAACACAUUGCCAUCGCUUGUAUUUCCUUAGCUUUGCAAGUACUUGGCAUAAGACUACCACUGAUUGAAGAAAAUGACGAGACAUGGUUUACCAUAUUCUGCAAGGACUUGCAGAAGGAUAAAAAUUGGGAAAUCAUGGAAAAAAUAAUGGAAACUUAUAACAGAGAACCGGAAUCGGCUUGAGUUGAAGUAAAAAGUUUUGUUUAUGUGAUUUUAUUUUAUGAACAUUUGUACAUGAAUUCAUAUUGAAAAUAUAUGCAGUAUUUCCUUUGGUA